AUGAAUUGUUUAAAUAAUAAUAAUAGAAGAUUGUUAGGUGUUGUUUUAAAACAACAAAAUAAUUUUAUCAAUUUAAAUAGAAAAUAUUUUGGAAAUAUUAGCAACAUUGCAUCAACCACCAGAUUAAAUAAUGAAAAUAAAAUAAACUAUCAAACUAGAACAGCAUUUAAUACACCAAGAAGAAUGAAACAAAAUUAUUUCUUACAAUCAACUGGCGCAAUUUUCAAUGAAGAAGUUCAACCAUCUUUAACCUCAAUCAUUACCACACCAAAUAAAUGGUAUCCAUAUGGUAAAUUUAUUUAUCAAAAUAUUACCUCACAUUUCGUAAUCAAAUCAAAAUUAAAAGCUUUAGAUAGAACAAGAUAUACAAAAAGAGCCUUUUUAAAAGAAGCUGAAGAUAUGUUUAUAAAAGUAAAUGAAUCAAUUGCAGAUGGUAACAAACACCAACUUAAUGAACUUUCAUCAAUCCAAUUUGGUGAAGUUGUAGAAAAAAAGUCAGGUUAUCUUAAUAGAAAUAAGGAUCUUAAAUUUAAAUGGAGUUGUAAUAUAACUGGUAAAAAUUUACUUUGGACAAGAGCUGGUCAAAUUAAAACUUCUGCCAAAUCAUCAACCUUUUUUGCCCAAAACUGUGUAGAAUUUAUUGGUACCCAAAGCAUACAAGUAUUUGACAAGAAAAACAACCUUAUUUCAGAAAAUAAAGACCAACCAUUCAAGUUAGAAUACAUUUUUGAACGUAAUUUAGCUUCCACACCAUCAAUGUGGAGAGUUUGUUCUUCAACUGAUUAUAACAUUGGCGAAAAAAUUUAA